UAUUACAGGCUGUCGAAUUCGAAUUCAUUCGCCAACGUUUCAAGUCGUGAAACAACUAAGAGUAUUCUAGGGCUGUCGAAUUCGAAUUCAUUCGCCAACGUUUCAAGUCGUGAAACAACUAAGAGUAUUCUAGGGUACAAACAAGUUUUGAAAUUUCAAGUACCAGAAGUCAAAUACAUUUGGAGCAUUAACAAUGAAAAUGAAUAUGCUGCUGUCAUUCCUACCUGUAUUCUUAUUCGCCUGCUAUGUGGUCAUUAGUGCUCAGAAUGAUCCAAAUGAAGAGUUUCUUAAAAUACUGAAUUGCAUUGCCUCAUCUGGAAAUCAAACGUUUUGCGACGAAUUUCUAGUGUGUAACAAUGAGUUGGCUAAACCGUUUUUGGAGGCUUAUGAAGAAUGCGUAAAAAAGUAUCUUCCGAACGGAAUUGGACAUUGUGAUGAAAAUAAUCAAUUGUAUUAUUCUGCUGGAAUACGCAGAUUGAUAAACAGAUGCGUAACGAAAAAAACUAAGGACGUACAACUAACGGAUGAACAGAAAGAAGAAAUGCAUAAAGUGAAGGAAUGCUUAGAAUCUCUUAGUAGCCAGGCUGGCUGUGAAUGAUCCUCUUCAAAUAGUAACUAGACAUCUGGUUUCUAUUUUUACUAUUCAGGAAGAAGACAGAGAGAAAAUUUUGCACUUAUGCAUAAGUUCCAAAAAUCAGUGUAAUGAUAUGUAGCACAUAGGAUGAUUUGUAACGUUAUUGCCCAACACAUAUUUCAAACAGAAUAAUAAUAAUUGAAUUUCA